CACCUUCUUCUUCUUUUAUGCUUCAGAUUCUCUUCUUCAUGAAUCCAAUAAUGUGCUUGUUCUUCUUUUCUGUUUUAUGAUUUGGGGUCUGCCACAUUGAUGCGAUUCAGACAUGACAUUAAGGAACAAGAAGCAGUCCUUCAUUCGGAAUAUUUUUGCCAGAAGGGAGAGAAAUGGAAGGAAUACGAAUAAAGGCUCAUUAGAUUUCCCUGAAGCACAAUCUGGUCCAACAUUUAAGAGUCUAUUUUUCCCUGGCCUAGGACGUCCAAUGCCUCCUCCUGUUCAAGAUCUUAAGACAUUCAGAGUCUUUGUAGCAACAUGGAAUGUAGGAGGGAAAUCUCCACAUAAUGCCCUUAACCUGGACGAUAUUCUUCAUGCAGACCAAUCGGAUAUAUAUGUCUUGGGUUUUCAGGAAAUUGUGCCUUUAAAUGCUGGAAAUGUGCUAGUGAUAGAAGAUAAUGAGCCUGCAGCAAAAUGGUUAGCUUUGAUCAAUCAGUCACUAAACAAAUCAUGUGACUUGGCUUCAAGAGGAUCAAGACCAAGUGCCUCCCUUGCUGGUUCCUUGUUCUUCUCAAAGCAUUCCCUUAAAAAGGUCAGUAAGACUUUUAGGGCGGAGAGCGGAAGGAGGCUUAAGACUUGCAACUGCACUCCUGAAUUAGAAAGGAAGCAGAGUAAGGAUCCCUGUUUCCGAUACCAACAUUCACAUAUAAGUGAAGACAACUUUCCUUUAGAAGAAGAUGAUGAUGUAUCUAAUGGAUUCGACAUCGGGGAGAUGGCCAUUUCGUCAAGUACUGACCAGAUGAACUACAGCCUUAUAGCCAGUAAGCAAAUGGUGGGUAUUUUUGUCACUGUAUGGGUGAGGAAGGAGCUUGUGCAGCAUGUAGGCCACUUAAGGAUCUCCUGCAUAAGUCGUGGGAUAAUGGGCUGCCUCAGAAACAAGGGGUGUAUUUCUGUGAGCAUGUCACUCUAUCAGACAAGCUUUUGCUUUGUCUGCAGUCACUUGGCAUCUGGAGAGAAGGAGGGGGAUGAACUUAGAAGAAACACGGAUGUCAUAGAAAUACUUAAAAACACUCAGUUUCCAAAGAGAUGCAGAUCACAUCACAGUAGGGCGCCGGACAAAAUUCUUGAACAUGACCGGGUUAUAUGGUUAGGGGACUUGAAUUACCGAAUAGCUUUGAGCUAUGCCGAGACAAGAAAGCACCUGCAGGAGAAUGCUUGGGAUGCACUUCUGGACAAAGAUCAGCUCAAAAUUGAAAGAGAAGCAGGGCGAGUAUUCAAGGGAUGGAGAGAGGGAAAGAUCUACUUUGCACCCACGUACAAGUACUUCUACAACUCAGACACCUAUGCUGGAGAGACAAAUUCAAAAAAGAAAAGGAGAACUCCAGCUUGGUGUGAUAGAAUACUGUGGCAUGGAGCCGGGAUACGUCAACUUUCUUACGUACGUCGGGAGUCUCAGUUUUCCGACCACCGGCCUGUUUGUGCAACAUUUUUGGUCGAUGUUGAUGCUGUAACGGGUGGUGUAAAGAAGGGAUUAUCUGAUUCUAACAUGAAAGUUGGGAUUGAAGAGCUCUUACCUCCAACUAGUAAAUAUUUUUGAUGAAAUAAUAUGUACUAAUGCCCUUCUCACAGUCAUGACAAAGACUGAAGAAAUAUUCAAAUUUUGAUCAUAUGAGAUUAAGUUGGGCAAUCAUUGUAAGUUGGGCAACUUCUACAGAGCAUUUUGCAGCCUGGCAAGUUGUAAAUUGCUCUCAAAUGCUCAAUGUACCUGGAUAUUAAUGAUUGGUGAUGCUUAUGCUUCAGAGAAAUUAUCCUGUGUGUAUGCCUGUGUCAUCAUAUUUGUCAAGUAAAUCAAGUUUACUCUCAAUGCCAUUCCUGGGAGAAAAGAUUAAAGGAGGCACUUCUGCAAAUCCUUGCCCAAAUGGGUUCAAACAAAACGGUGGACACAUUCUGGUUGUGAGGCUCAAAUGCUUGCCCUCACUAGGUUUGAUUUUAGGUUCAGAAAUACAAUAUUGACUCAAUCUGAUGAUCUGUAUUGAAACAUUUUUCAAUGUAAUUACAACAUUUUUUUGGACUCA